CUUAAACAUACAGUACUCCAUUUCUCAUUUGCUGGGAGCUCAAUAGUCAAAAGCCUUCUCUUUUGUUCUUCAAAUUCUAGCAAUAACCAAAAAAAAAAGCAACACACACACCAAACAUGGAGAAAAUACAGCACAAGAAUCUCACAGUAAACGGCAUAAAUAUGCACAUAGCUGAAAUUGGUGAAGGCCAAUCUGCAAUUCUAUUCCUCCAUGGAUUCCCUGAGCUCUGGUACACAUGGCGCCAUCAAUUGCUUGCUCUUUCAUCCAAAGGUUACCGUGCAAUAGCUCCUGACCUACGUGGCUAUGGCGACACGGAUGCGCCUCCUUCUCCUUCUAGUUAUACAGUAUUUCAUAUCGUUGGUGACCUUAUUGCCCUUCUUGAUACUUUGCGUCUCGAUCAGGUGUUCCUUGUUGGACAUGACUGGGGUGCUAUUAUAGCUUGGCACUUAUGCCUUCUUCGACCUGAUAGGAUCAAGGCUCUGGUUAACAUGAGCGUCGUCUUCCACCCUAGGCAUCCGAAGAGAAAGCCUAUUGAAUCUAUGCGUGCUGUUCUCGGGGAUGAUUACUAUAUUUGCAGAUUUCAGGAAUACGGACAGGUGGAAGAGGAGUUUGCUCGUGUUGAUACUGCAAGACUAAUUGCAAAGUUUUUAAUAUCUCGUAAUCCAGCUCCCCUUCGUGUAUCUAAAGAGAAAGGAUUUGGGGGUUCAAGUCAUACUCCAAUCAAAUUGCCCUCUUGGUUGUCGGAAGAGGAUAUCAAUUACUAUGCAAACAAAUUCAGCCAGAAAGGUUUUACUGGUGGAUUAAACUAUUAUCGCGCAAUGGACCUAAACUGGGAGCUGACUGCACCAUGGACAGGGCAGCAAAUAAAGGUCCCGGUUAAGUUUAUCGUGGGGGAUCUUGAUCUUACGUACAAUACGCCCGGGGUGAAGGAAUAUAUCCACAAAGGUGGAUUCCAAAAAAUGGUGCCAUUUUUGCAGGAAGUAGUUAUCAUGGAAGGAGUUGGACACUUCAUCAACGAAGAAAAACCAGAAGAAAUUAACGGCCACAUUUAUGACUUUUUCCAGAAGUUCUGAUUUGUCAUUUUAUGACGGGUGCAGAUAGAUCCGGUGACGUCCCUCCCUAGUAGGGUGUGUGUCCCAGUUGUCGGUUGUUGCACAUCACUUCUUCGGAGUAGCUGUUCAGAAGUUAAUAGGUACCGAAAUGUAUGUUAUAGUUAUUUUAGGUACAGUGGGGCCCUGUCCGACCAAGUAAUGUACUAUGUUUUAGCACUCUUUGAGGCUUGAAAACUAGAGUUUGGUUGUAUGUAAAAGGAUUGGUUAUGACUUUGUUGGGUACAAUUGUCAAUAUAUAUAAAAAUGUCAAUAUUUCUUUUGCAA